AUGGCGGAGGUUCUAGUCGAUGGGGCAGUGCCUCCUUUGCCCCCAAGGUAUCGAUUUAGAGACCUAGUAUUAGGCGAUCAUUUUGCAGACGGUGAAGACAGGGUGAGAGUUGAGUUUUACAUCAAUGAAAGAUCUUUCAAGGAACGAUUACAGCUUUAUUUUAUUAAAAACCAGAGAUCAAGUUUGCGUAUUAGAAUUUUUAACUUUUUUCUUAUGGCUGUAUCAUGCACACUUUACUGUGUACGAGUUAUAUUAGAUGAUCAUACCAAUGCAACUUGUCAUGGAUGCACUCCAGACAAUGAGACUGACACAGAUGAGCCAAACUGGAUAGCUAUACUAUGGGUGAAUCGUCCUGUGUGGUUGUGGGCAUUGCAAGUUACCAUAGCGAUUAUUAUGUUGUUACAAACUGUACUAAUGCUGUAUUUGCAGUACAAGGGUAAUAUAUGUCAGCAGUUGAUGAGUAUAACCCGUUUUUUGGAAUUUUUAAACACAAUACCUUUUAUUAUCACUCUGUUUUGGCCACCUUUGCGGAACCUUUUCAUACCUGUAUUUCUGAAUUGUUGGUUGGCACAUGCUAUCCUGAAAAAUAUGCUGAAUGAUCUAAAUCGUGCAUGGCAGCAGUUGCAAUCUGCCCUUGGCCAACUUCUUGUAAUGCUCUGUUGUACUCUGAUUUGCCUUGCUUUCACCAGCAUAUGUGGAGUGGAACAUUUGGAGAGGGCAUCACCAGACAAGAUGAGUUUGUUUGAGGCUGUGUAUUUCAUUGUGGUCACUUUCUCUACCGUGGGUUACGGUGAGAUACAUGUACAUGUGUGGCCAUCACAACUAUAUGUAUCUAUUAUGAUUAUAGCGGCAUUGAUCGUAGUUCCUAUACAGUUAGAGCAGUUAGCAUUUUACUUGAUGGAAAGACAGAAGCAGGGAGCAUCUUAUAGCAAGCACAGAGCCCAGACAGAGAAACACGUUGUAGUAUGUUCUACUGUUAUUCAGGCUGAUCUCAUCAUGGACUUUCUCAAUGAAUUUUAUGCUCACAAUCAUCUACAGGAUUAUUUUGUUGUGUUACUAUCACCUUGUGAGUUAGACAGUACUAUGCGACUGUUGUUACAGAUACCAAUAUGGGCACAGAGAGUUAUAUAUGUACAGGGGUCAGCACUGCGGGAUCAAGACUUACAGAGAGUUCGGUAG